AUGGUUUAUGUGGCCCAACAAAAUUGUACGCUAGGGGGCAAUUUUGUUGGUCGAUUUGACUUUGAUCAAGAUAGAUUUGGAUUUCUAGAUUUAGAAGAGGAAAUCCAAAAGCUGGGGUAUGUUUCUUGGAAACGAUUAGUCUACAAAGUACCAAGACUUGAAGUGUUUAAAAGCCUUAAGGAUGAUAAAGAUGUGAUGCAAAUGCUAUCACAUGUUUCUAAUGGAAAUGAAGUGCUUCAUAUAUAUGUUGAUGGUGGGAAAAAAGUUGAGGGUAAUGUAGAUGACAAUAAACUGCAAAAUGAAUCUAAUGGUGGGGAAGAGAAUGACUCAGAGUAUGUGUUUUCUGAUGGCGAAGAAGUUACUGAUGAUAAUAUGAGUGCAGAAGUGCUUUAUUCGGAAGAUGAUGAAUACCUAGAAGCAAUUAAAAGUGUGAGGGGUAAUUCUACGAAGGGCAUUUUGGAUGAUGUAUUAGGAUUUUCUACAGGUGAAGGGGGUUUCUCUGAUUAUGAGAACUCUGAUGAAGAUAUAUAUUCAUCUUCAACUGAUGACGAAGGAGAAAGGUUUAGACAAAAAAUCAAGAGGAUUGUUUAUGAUCCCAAAUGUGAUCAUAAAAAUCUUCGAAUCACAAUUGGGAUGAAGUUUCAGGAUGGAUAUCAAGCUAGAGAGGCUUUAAAAACUAAUGCAAUUGAGAAUGGAUGGCAAAUUCACUUCAAAAGGGUAACUAAGAAUCAAAUGGAAGCAUAUUGCACAUCACCUUGCAAGUGGAGGUGUUAUGGGAGCUUGGUGACAUUAGAUGACUCUUUUAUUAUUAAGAUUGUUGAGGGGGUUCAUACUUGUCCUAGAGCUAUGAGAAAUAAACAGGUGAGUUCUAGUUGGAUAGCUAAAAAAUAUCUCAAUGUCUUUCGAGUUAGGCCGGAGAUCACAGUGAAAGAGUUAGGGAAGGACAUUCUGGAAAGAUAUGCUUGCCAUACAACAAUCUGGAAAUUGUAUAAAGCAAAAGAUAAGGCAAUUGAACAGUUAAGAGGCUCGGUGGAGCAACACUAUGCUAAACUUAGGAGUUACAUACUAGAGUUACUUAGGGUGGACAGAGAAGGAAGAUUUGAACUAAAGUUGGAUGUUGGGGCUAUUUUCAAGGGAAUUUAUAUUGGGUUUAGUACACUGAAAAAGGGCUUUAAUGUUGGAUGUAGGAGAGUGAUUGGACUGGAUGGGGCAUUCCUAAAAACUUAUUUGGGAGGAGUGUUGUUAUGUGCUAUUGGGAAAGAUGGAAACGAAUCAGAUAUUUUGAUGGAGGAAUUGGGCCUGCGAGAUGGUCUUGGGAUCACUUUUAUAAGUGAUCAACAAAAGGGACUUAUUAAUGCAAUUCAAGAUUUAGCCCCAUUUGCUACACACAGAAAUUGUGCUCGUCAUGUCUAUUCUAAUUGGAAAAAAAACCCACAAAGGGGCAACAUUGAAGAAUAUCUUUUGGAAAGUGGUUAG